GGGAGACCGACGAACAGACAGAUGUGAGUUGAUUGCCUUUUGUUUGAGAGACCCUCAGUGCGCAGUCCAUGUCUGUCACACAACAGGUUCUUGCAGUGCAUGCCAGGCUAUAAUUUAACUUCAGAAUAUUCUUUGCUUCUAGCUUGCACCAGACGCGCUUCUUGUCCAGAGCGCGCGCAGAUGCUGCAACUAGUUCCUGUUUUGAAUGAAGCGGACCGGCCGCGGGCUUCCCUUCGCUCAACAACGAGAUUGGCAACUCGGCCUUCGUCUUUGAAAUAGAGUUGUUCAAAUAAUUGAGCCCUGAGUUUCUUGGCAGAACAAAAUCUUCUCGUACCUCUUUCUGGCACGUGUCCUAGUAAACAGGAAAGAGACGCUACUGCUGGUCAUGGUACGACGCAGAGGUCGGAAGACGAAGUUCAUUCUCAGACUGGUCUGUUGCAUUGUGCGUUGAAAAACUCUUGAGCUCGAUGUGUGAAGGUCGAACUCGAAUUAGUAAUCCUUCUUCAUAUCUUGCAGCAGUGUUCUCGUUCGAAAGUGUGUAGACAAGGAGGAAUCCUGGAUCUCCACAGUUCUGGUCCUUCGGUCAGAGAUUUUCCAAAGUUGCUGAAGAGUUUAUGCUUUGGGGCUAUCGAAGCUGAUUGUGCAGAGGAUGAUGCAAAGUUUAGUCUCGUGUCAAACGAGGCGUUGAAUUUGACCAGCUGAACACUUAAAUUCUCCAUGACUGUCUUCGACCAUCGACAGAAGUUUUAAUGUCUUCUCGUCGAUUUCUUAUCGGCUGCGAACAAGCUCUGGGCCUACUUGUUUAUAUCUUCGUUGAAGCAACAAAUAAUCAAGAAAGGAGAAUCUUCUCUCCUUAUCAUGACCGGAACAUCGACAGGAAUCUCUGAUCCAGCUACUUUUUACUUAUCGUGAUGUCUUUCUACAGGAAGUUUCCCUUGUUAUUUGAAAGAUAACGUCGAGAAAAACUAUGAAAGAAAGGUUCUUGGCUGACGUAUUUCCACAGAAGAUUGAACAUCGUGAUGUACAUUCCGCUGGCCUAACAGCAGAUCAAGUGCCUUCAACAUUGCCUUCUUGCCAUCAAGCUGAAGCCCCAAACCAGCAUCUGAUUGAAGGGUUUCAGACAAUGCAUUUCAGUGUAUCAGAUUCCAGAAAUGGUGUUCACGUGAUAAAGCUCGGGGAUCAUCUACAGGCAAAUAUGCAUGAGGAAAGUGGUCUGGCUCCCAAUCAUAAUAAGGGAUUGGACAAUCGAAAAUUGACGCGUACCAUCAAGUCCUUGGACGUGCCACUUCUUCAAGAAUAUAUCCAGAACUAUGAUUUGUCUGAAGUCCUAUCAGCGCUUGAUUGUAAGCAAUCAAGAACUGUACAAGAACCCGGCAUUGAGCUCAAUAUUCUGGAGAGCUGGUUCGGCAUUUCUACUUCUAAACACUUCUCAGAAUUUGACGACAAAUCACAUUAUAAACCCAAGGAAAAGGUCAAAACUAUUUCUGAAUUGAUGUGGAGUUACAAUCCAUGCGGUGAAUUUUACCCCAAACACGAUGAUAACUUGGAGACAAAACUUUUGGAAAUUUUUGAACCCACAGAGAUGCUGGAGUGUGAGUAUCCUCCUUCAAAUCACGAGGGUCUUGAAAAGCUGACCUCUUUUCUUCAUACGUCCAUUCUGGAUUAUAUCGCACCCCAUCACAGCCCUGUUGAAAGAGAGACUGCUUUUGACUUACCCGUUGACUUGGUGGUCAUGACAAAGCUCUAUAUCUCGAGAAUUGAGUAUGAUAGCCUGCUACCCUGCCCAAAUCAGUCUAUUCGUGAUAUCUUGGACAAAGAAAUCAUUACUGAAAUUCAUUCUUGCUCCAGCAUUCAUGAAACAUCAAAGCCAGACAGAGUAAUUCGUAGCUUUGAACUACCUUUGUUUUUCUUCCCCUCAUGUGCAUAUCCUACUACUUGCGCUAAUGAUAUUUCUCCAGCAAUUAUGCCAUUGGAAACUCUCCCGGACGGACUGUCUGCAGACUGCUUCGAAAGCUUGAUUGUAAUGCCUGAGCUGAAGUUAGAUGACCAACAGUUUCAGUCUCUUCCUACACCUUCAAUCACCGAAUUGUCGAUGGACGCACUUCUUGAAUCCGUUAUAAAAUGCGUGUCUCUGAACUGCAGUCUGGCCCCUGAGACAGCAACUGACUGGCUCUACUUAGAUUGGCAUUUAGCGCAUGGCAUGGCCUGCAACGAUGCUGCAUGCUUUAAGCAACACGCGAAGUUGAAAGAGAGCUAUGAACCAACCUGUGGCUUCACCACCAUCAGGAUGAGUUCUUCCACACAUUGGUCCAAAAUUGCCCUCAAGCUAGUUCGAUUAGAGGAUGAUUCUAAUUGCGAUAUACUUGGCACUUCCCACGAGAAAACGACUGGGGACGAGACAGAUGUGAUAGACUCUGCGCGCCAAGCCUCAGUGCUCAAUGAGGAUGGAGAGGACGAAUCUACGAGACUCUGGCAAAAUAUCAGGACACGAGAUGAAAAGCAAAGAAUGUACGAGAACAGAUUGCAAUCGCGCACGCUAGAGGCGAAUCUAGAAGCGAGACAUUUGAAGAUCCCUGCGAUGCAGACCGACUCUUCCGCUGGAAAAACUUCAUGUCAGGGCAGGACAUUGCGAGAAAGUGGAGACACUCUUCAAACCUCUCACUCGAUCUACCCUAUCGCUGAGGUCGUAUUGAGAGAGGAAGACCUCACAACCCAGCCGAGGGCGCUGAGAGAAACGAGAAGCCCAAGUGAGAAAGGACCUGGGUCUAUAUCUACGUUAGAUGAUUUGGCAUUCUUUGUUCAGGCAAGAAAAGGUGUAUGUCGAGAUAACGAUGUUGUCGACAAUUAUCAGAACUCUGACAAUAAGCCACAAGAGAUGAUGGAACAGGUCGUAUCGGUUCCUCAUGCCACAGCCCGGUUUGAUGAUGAGGGGAAACAAUAUUCAAUAUUUGGUCCUCAUGAGCACACGGUAUUGUUGUCUAAGGAGAUCCGAAACCUGAUGACUACACUUGCGACAGAUUACCGCGGACUCUUGGUUGUUCAGGAUAUAUUUGGGAAAGAAACAAUAGAAAAGCUUGACGUUCCAGGGCAACUCGGUUAUGAUAGCCAAGGCAAUUCCUUAAUUAUGAAUCUUAUGAAAAGAUCAGCCUCCGAACCGCCCACUCAAGGCAGGCAACUUCUGUUGAGAGGUUUGACCGCCCUCCAUGCUUUACGAUAUACUGCUCUUAAUCUAUGCACCUACGGUAUACAGGUAGCCCAUCUAUACCUGGAAAAUCUUUUUCAUAGAAUCAGCUUCCUAGAAGAACUGAUUCUAAAUUCUCGAGUUGAGCUUGAAGAUGCAUAUAACAAAGUUGAGAGAGGGAUAUACCAAGAUCAUCCAAAGUUGGAGCAUCUUGAAAAGAUACUGAAAGAGCGAGGGCCAUCCCAUAAAAUUCUAUUGGUCGCUGACAGAAGAGCAUUUUUUACUCUUUUCAGAAAGCUCCUGUCAUCAGGCUGCAAUCCCUAUCAAAUUGAUCGUAAAGAACAGUAUCUCCUGAGAGGAAAACUCCAUCCGGACUUCAAGACGAAGCUGACAGAAGAAAUUAAUGACUCGUUACGAUUCUCCAACUGUCUUCUUGUUCCUUGCGCAUACAUUACAGACUCCUUCCCAAUAGAAAAUUUUACAAUGGUCAUACAGUACGCGGGUUGUGCAAACGAUGCGUCAGUUGAAGAUGUCUUGAGGAGGGGAAAUUGUGAGCAACACAUUUUAGAGGUUCAUCUGUAUCCUGAUGAAGUGAAAUUUGCGAUUAUCCACGGAACAGCUCCUAUCGCGGAUGACGGGAACCACCAAGCGCAGGAUCGCUUGUCUGAGAAGAUUUUGAAGAUCCUCGAACCGACCGACAAUUCUCCUUAUCAGUCAGAUUCAGGUUUAGCCAAAAUGUCAGAAGUAUCACCAAAUGCAAACGACGUUACAGCCUGCAAUGUCAAAGUGGAGGCAACACCGUGUUCAUCCAUAAAUGGAUACGUUACCCAGGACAACAGAAAUUCUAACGAAAGCGGUCAACCUACAAGGAGAGAAUGUGACAUGACCAUUGUUGCCAACGUUUCUGAACAAAGUGAGCACAAGCUGGCAGAAAGAAGGGGCUUAUAUCAGAAGAUUCUGUGUCUUGAAAAAAACAACAUACAAUUCGUAGAGAGAGAGUUCCGACUACCUGUCGACCUUGUGCUGAGCCCUGCGACUUGUCUCGUCAUAUAUACAUGGCAAAUUCUUCAGAAGCUGGUGCAGAAAGUCGACAGCAAACAGAUCUCACUACGCAAUGAGAUCGAGACGAUCCUGAAAGCAAUCAGUUUUUCCUACCAAAAUUGCAUACUGAUUUUCGAAGGGCCCACAGAUUUCACGUCAGCAGUUCUGGAUGUUUUAUGUGACAUUCAGGCUAUUGCAAUUUUUUUUGGUCUGCAUGUUCAGUGGUUUACAUCAGACGGGUUGGAAGUCACAGACAAGAUCGUCAUGAAGAGUAUCGAGGCUGCCCGCCAGUCUAAGCUCUUGGAAGCAUAUCCGGCCAUGACUGAGGCACCAACCAUAGCCGAAGCCUUCUUGACAGAGUUUCCGUCUGUAAAUCCGCUGACCGCUCAUGCUGUACUUUCCUCCGGUUGCCCACUGAGGACAUUCUUCUCAGUGACCCUCGACCAACAAUUUGCUCUUGUAGAGGGUUUUGGUGUUCCGAAGCACAGCUUGGAGCUGUUUAAGGCUCAGUGCGUUUUCAGAGAGGUUGGUACUCCUGAUCGCUCAAAUUGGCUGCGAAUUUCCUCCCAGACCAACCAAAAGAAGGUUACACAUGAUGAUCUGAAAGACGUUGGGAUGUCGGAUCGUCAGAGAAAUGUCCCUCUUACAAGCGAUUUUACUGGGAUUACAAAUCUCCUAACUUAUAAAGAGCCAGACAUAGAUCUUGACAUUUACAGUCCCCUGUCUGACCGUGAGAAGGACUUUGAAUCUUGGAGAAGAAAUCUUGAGUUACCAAAUAUCUUUGAAGAAGACGGUGACGCUCGAAUGGAGAAAUCAAGGAAAACUGUGUCGUUUUCUGAAACAACUCUUUUUCGUGAGUUUCCUCCUGCGUCUGAAGUAACCGGAGACCCGAAGCCGACAGCUAUGGACUUUGAACUCAAGGAAGAUUACUUGCCUCCAAAGUGCAACAAUGUUGGCCAUCGAUCUCACGAAUUUGUGGAUCAAGAGUCAUUCCGGUCAGAGGAAGAACCGGUCGGACUUUCUACUCCAUUUGAUGACAUCUUAUCCUUCCUUCAACCAACGCAUCGUGAAGAGGGUAGGUUCGUACCGUCUCGUCACAAGUUGGGAACUUCUCUAAGCACCUGGGGUGAAGAUGGAAGCGGCAGAAGAAUGUUUUACAGCACGAACGACAAGAACAUCGAACAAUCUACUGGAAGUGUUGACAGCGAAAGUCCUCUGACUCCAAAUACGUUUUCAGCUUUUGAGGACUUUUUUAUUUCUACGGACAAGCAAGGCAGCCAGAAUGGAAAACCUCAAUCCUCAAUCCCAUCGUCACCGUGCAGUUCCAAACCUGCCAGUAAAAAACAGCUAUCACAAACUUCGCUGGAUAGGUUUCGAUACCAAGCUCAAGAUUCGAAGAUAUCGAGGAGCUCGAAGACAGCACCAAGGUUUUCGAAGAAUUAUCCUCGUGACAAAGAAAGAAAUUUGUGCACCCCUCGGUCGUCUCUAGUCCGCAGCUACGUUCCAGCUGAUAAGAAAUCAAAGAAGCUUUUGGGACUCACAAGACGAGGCAGCGAUGUCCAACAACGCCUUGUUUGGAUAAACAGGAAUAACAAAAGUCAUGACACAUCGAAGCGGCAGAGGACAGAUUAGCGUGCAGCAUAUGUGCUAAUCAUGGUGGUUUAUGACCAUGAAUGAUGCAAAAUUACCUGUCUUACGGUACAAGGCCGUGCUCCUAUUGUCUAUGUCAUUGCUUUUGCAAUUCCGAUGAGCCUCGUACACAGCGAGGGAUCUCCUUAAAUCCUCUCUUGUCCUGCAGCGGCGAAGCACACAGAGGUAUGUACUGUGAAGACGAACGCAGAGCCCAUUUCCGAACACACUAGAGUUCUUGGGCGUCUAUCAAGAGACAAGUAGUACACUGUAGAUAUUGAUGUUCGAUGUUCUUCAUUUUCGAUACCUCAAAGUUAUCUGUCCAUUUCCAAACUCCAGGUGUGCAUGUUGCAGCCACAGAUUUUGCCUCCCCAGGACCCACACUUUGAUCUCAUCAAGGCCUACGCAUGGUAUGCUAAUUUGACUGAGGUUGUAGCCCCAUGAUCCGCCCAUUGCUUUCGUCUUUCUACGGUACCGUAAGAGUCCUACAGAUGUGUAUGCCGUACUAUGACAGCUGUGUUCAAUUCCAGUCUAGUGAAUUCUUUCUAGACAAAAUAUAGUGAGUGGGAUCUCUUCUUCCUCCGGGACGUACAGAUGUGUAUGUCCCGGAGGAAGUACAUAUAUGUAUUCUAUAUAUGUGUCAUGCUUUGCGAGACGUCUCGUCAGUUCCUAUCUUCUGGAGGGUUCCAGGACGGAGACUAAAUAGUGUAAGUAUCCUUGGGCCACAUCGUCGUCGAGUUCAUGUCUGUAUCAAGACAGAAAAG